GAAACGCAAGUUGUCAACACAAGUUCUUUGCUCUUCUGUUGCACGCCUUUUCAAAAGUUUCGGCGUCAGACAGUCUGGUUUCCAAAAAUGGAAGCACAGUCUUAUUUUCCCGUACAACCCGGCAUAUGCAUGGAAGAGAAUUUAUUUUCUUUGGAUGAUAUUUUGCUUUCGCACGAGCGACUUCCUAUCUGCACUGAAGUUACUUUUCCUCGGCUUGGAUUCCUCGAGAAGUCAAGCGACUCGUCGGAUAUUCCGAAGGGCACAAAAAUGGAAUUGCCUUUGUGGCUGUGCAAAGGUUUGUAUGAGCAGAACAAAAGGAUGCUGUCAAUCGAGCUCCCUAAAGUUUAUAGAGAAGGCUGGAGGACAGUGUUCAAUGCAGACCCCAAUGUGGUGGAUCUACAUAAGUUGGGGCCUUACUAUUAUGGCCUGGGAUCUCAGAUGCUGCGCUUCGACAGUCCAGACAACCCAGAAAUAGCACAGACGUUGCUUCAGACAUUCAUUGGGCGUUUCAGACGAACUAUGGACUCUUCUCAGAAUGCCUACAAUGAGGACACCUCAGCGCUAGUGGAGCGUCUGGAUUGUCUUGAGAAAUCACUUUUCAUGUCAGGGCAAUUUGGCCUCAACAGCUUCCAGGACUGGGAAAAAGGACAAGCCUCUCAGCUCUCUGCUUCAACCAUGGUGCUCAACUACCGCAAGAGGAAGAUAACAGACGUGCAAUCGUGACCUUGCCUACCUGCUGCACGAAACCACUUGUGUAAAUAGCCUCUUCAUAUUGUUUUCUGGUCUUGCAGAGACU